AUUCUCCUUCCUUUCAGAUGAUAUUGAAAUUAAAUUAAUUGAAAUCACUCAAGACUUUCGAAUGAUAAAUAUGCACUGUAUAGGCCUUAUAUAGUAAAGAUCACUCCCAAUUAGUCAUUUUUCCCACUUGAAGAUUUUUAUUAACAAAGUACUUGUUUAUCAAAUUCUUCGUUUGAGUUUUCUUUUAUCAUUCUAUAUUAAUGAACGGCAAAAAAUUUGUCCCGGAAUUGAUCCUGUCUAAGAUAUUCUUUCCGGACUCAGUCGUGAUGAGUUAGUGAUGAUGAAAGUUAAACUCCUGUCAGUACGUCAUGGACCCAAAUAGACUCGUAAUGUCUUAGAAUUAUAUUGAUUUUCAUAUUAAACUGAUCUACCUAUGAAUCACGAGUGAAGAAAUACAAUUAUAUUAUAGACAGUUUAUUGAGAAGGCUUUUCUGAAGGCAUCGUCCCUGAAUAUGUAUCUUCAACUAAAGCGCACACACACCAGCAGUGAUGAAAAACCCAAAGACUUACAACAAUACCGCCCGAGGAACCUUGUUGGCUGCUUGAUAUCAACCCUGCUGGUGAUGGUGGUUGCGGCGCGCGCGGAUGCAAAUGCUGAUUUGAAUCCUAGAAUGUCGGAUGACUCGACGCCUCACUCCGCUGCUAAUGGGAAGUCCGACGCCCCUGGUGGAAAAACUGAUCCUUUGAGCCGGACGGCGGCGCUGGUGGAGGAGAUGUUCGGUCCGUCCGCUGUUGUGGAGGCAGACGAGUCCAGGAGAAUCUACGCAAUAUCCAUACCUGGCAUCUAUCCGGACGACGGUCAGCUGGGGCCGAGAUCUGCGCAGUACCAGCCUCCCGUGUACCACUCACGCGGGGCGCCAGGUCAAGCUGGAGCUCCGUUCUCGGCUACGGACCCGGCUAGGCCUCCUCACUCUUCCCACGACCCCAAUUCAUACUGGAAGUCCGGGCUUAGACUCAUCGUGUCCGGACCUGUGGAUGACGGGCUACCUAUCGCGGCUCGAGACGAACCACCGUCUUUUGACUACAGCCACAGUCGUCAUCCUUCGACUUCUUCGUUGUCCCACGACGACAGAUGGGGAGAAUUUCCCCCUCGUGAUCUGAACGACUUCAUCCGCGAAUUGGACUACCGACAAAAUUCUUCGCCGCACGGUUUCGACGAUGGUAACAGUGAAUUCAAAACAUUUGAAACACACACUGACCAAACAGACCAAACCGAUGCAAGAAUAGCCCAGUUAGGAAGCCGAUUUCGAGGUAUUCAAGAUUUUCCUCAAGAUGACUAUAAAUCGAGUUCAUCUCGAGACCACGGAGGGGCUGCUGAUGUCGGAGUCUACGAGGCUGGCAGCGAGGCUAGCAGCGAGUAUCACUCUAGUGAUUACUUUCACCACGAUGGUGACGCUCGAGCAGACACUACCCAUAGACUUCCUUCAGCAUUUGUGUCCCACGGUGAAUCAACUCCUGAGAGAACAUCUCUUUCUUUCCACCAAGAAGAUAACCCACCUCACCCAGACAGGUCAAUUCAACCAGCAAUGCAUGAUACAGAUGAUGUACGGCAAAUAAACCGUGGUCAAUACCGAAGUGGUGCGCUUGCAGGCAAUGAAAACCUAUUUUUCAAUAACCAGCCGUAUCCCAAAUUGGCAGCUCCACGUCAUGUUCUCAGUGACGGAGAAAAAGAGAAUUCGUCAGAAGUGGCUCAUGUCGAACCGGAGGGAACAAAACCAACUGUAAUCGGCAUUACUAAAACCAUAAAUCAAAAAGUAAAGGCCAGCGGUGACAACACCUACGACGGUCCGACUUUAGAUUACUACGACAGUUUGUACGAAGAAUUCAUGCAGUCUGCUUAUCCAGAUUAUUCUGACCAUCCAUCUCUCGAGCAGGCGAAAUAUAAUCGCACUCCCUCUGCCAGCGAAGAAUCCUCACUUAAGGCCCCUCUGAGCAGGAAAUUGGUCACGCCCGAAAAUGCAAACGUGGAUUCAGUGACACGUAAAGAUUUUCCCACGCGUAGGGAUCCACCCAGUGACAUAUACACAACCUCAAAAUCCACAAUUCAUCUUCCUGAUGGGUUUAACUACAAGGAUGAUCACACAGGUGACAACCUCAAACCGUCGGCACCUCUUAACAAAGAUAAUCUUCCUUCGCUAGAAAAAUCUUCGCCUCCAUCGCCUUUUCCUCAUCUUUCUUCAAGUGGUGAGAAAUUUAAAGAAAGUCAAAUUACAAAUGACGAAUCCACAGCCAGUCCUACUGACACUCCUACAGCCUCUAGGAAGGGUAUCGCAUCAAAUGGCUCGCUGCUUGAAGUUUCGACUUCGGACACAACAAGCACCUACGCAACCACUCAGCAGACUAUAGACAAGACACCGCAUCCUUACCUGUCGUCCCCUACGACAACCGCAAUAAGUUUAUCUGAAGUACUGCAAAAUAUUGGUCUAUCAUUGCCUCAGUUUUUGGUCCAAUUAAAAAUACACAAAAUGGAUUUAAAACAGUUCACAAACAAGCUUGAAAAACGCUCACUGACGCAAGCAGAACUUAAAAGAGCUAAAGGUAACUUAGGAACAUUGCUAGAAAUAUUAGAUGAAUUACCAAGUUUCUCGCCAACCACUGUAGUUUCUGCAUAUGAGAUAAUUACGACGCCUCGACCUACUUAUAAGAAAACAUCGUUUGAGCCAAGAAAAGAAAUAACCACUGAAAAAGUUCAUAAUACCGAAAUAACUUCGCCUCAUACGACAACAGAACGGACAUCACCAGUUGAAAGUCUAUCAACUUCUUCUGAAUCAUCUCCGCUUGCUUCUACUACAAGUUUACCUACUUCAAAAUUUCCUAAGCGGUUCGGCUUCAAACCCUCUGCAGAUAUUACCUCGCAAGGUCAGUUUGUAAUUUCCGCAAACAUUACGUCCGUAGAUGUCACUGAGAAGGAUGCAACUUCUUCAGUAGCUCCUGAAAGUGCGGACAAAGAAGAAAAAUAUCUAUCGAGUGCAGAAGUCAUCAGUAAAGAAUCGGAAGAAAUCACGUAUCGGCCCUACCGACGGGAAGAGGGAAACUGGCGUGACAGAAUGAAAAAUAAUCGCGGCUUGAGCAGUAGGCUGGGAACCACGACUAGACGACCGACAGUUCGUCCUCCUUACGCUUACUACGGCGGUGAAACAGACCUGCGCGACCUCAUCGAUAGACAAAGCUACGAAAAUAGCAACAUGAGCAACUCGACUCGCAUUAGUUUAGAAGAUAGUAAAACUUCCUCUGAUAACAAAGAAAAUAAUAUUUUUCUAUCUAAAGGAGAAUCCACAGUUAUUGGAUUAACUGAAGGUACUCCAUUAGGGGGCGCGUUCGAUCACCCACGCUACGAUAGAGAUCCUAAUUCUCUCAAUAUCGCGACUAGAAGUGCAAUAAUGGCAGCUGGCGUUCUAGGAGGCGUUGCAUUGGCCGUGUUUAUUACAAUUUUUGUAUUUGUUAUGUAUAGAAAUCACGUCGGGAGAAGAAGACUGCGAGUCCCAUUUCCCGUCUCCAUUGCAAGUGACGAGUCUGGUAGCUCUUCCCCAGCGCUCUACAGUAACAGGUCUCGCCUGGGACUGGGCCACAGGGCCUCUGGGCACACAGAUUUUUGGGGAACCCUGCGCAAGAAGUUCGAUCCAUACUCGCUCAAUUCAAGCACGGCAUCAUACUAUUAGUUUUUGUACAUUGUUAGGUGUUAUUUAUGUAUUUUUAUAUCAGUGUCGUAGUGGUCAUAACAUUAUUGUUGAUUCUGUUUUAUACUUAUUUUUUAACUUUGUAGCCAUCUUUACUACGCGCAAACAACGAUGGCAGAUCUGAAACGUCACUCUACUUCAAGGCCCGCCAGAAUGACAAUACUUACUUGGUUCAGGCUGACCAGGAUUAAAGAUAUUCUUCUUUCGAAAUUACGAGCAUCUAAAUAAAUGUGACAAUUUUAUUUAUG